GGUACCGCUCUCUCUCUCUCUCCUCACGAGUGCAGCACCUAUCCGCCUGUGCGUCCAUUUGUAAGAACCACGCAGGCCGCGGUUCCCCUUCAAAGAAGUGGACGAACUUUUCGCCCCUUCCGACUCCUCCUCCCGACUCCUCCUUCUUCUUCCGAGAGAACUAUUCAGAAAUUUGGGGUUAUAUUUUUUCUAUAGAGUUUAAAUAGGUAGAAAGAUGGAUCUGUCAUUGGGGUUCUUUCUGUGAGCCAUGUCAGAUCAGAAGUCUUUCAUCUUUGUGGAGACUUGCAAGGGCGUCAAUGGUCUCGACAAGGUCAUCUUGAGGGAAGUUCGCGGCAGUUCCGCAGAGAUUUAUCUGUAUGGGGGUCAAGUUACUUCUUGGAAAAAUGAUCAUGGAGAAGAGUUACUGUUCAUGAGCAGUAAGGCAAUUUUCAAGUCUUUAAAGCCCAUACGUGGUGGGAUACCAAUAUGCUUCCCGCAAUUCAGUAGUCAUGGAACUCUUGACCGGCAUGGAUUUGCAAGGAAUAGGUUUUGGAGCAUUGACACUGACCCACCCCCAUUCCCGACAUCUACUUCUAGUAAGGCCUUUGUUGACUUGAUCCUAAGGCCAUCUGAGGAUGAUUUGAAGAUAUGGCCUCAUAGCUUUGAGUUUCGUCUAAGGGUUACCCUGGGGCCUGGAGGAGAUCUGAUGCUGACAUCUCGCAUAAGAAACACAGAUGUCAAGCCUUUUCAGUUUACAUUUGCUUAUCAUACAUAUUUUUCGGUAUCUGAUAUCAGUGAGGUGCGGAUAGAAGGGUUAGAGACUCUGGACUACUUAGACAACUUACACAACAAGGAUCGAUUUACAGAACAAGGAGAUGCCAUAACGUUCGAAUCUGAGGUUGACAGAGUUUAUAUAAGCACACCAACAAAAAUUGCAAUUUUGGACCAUGAGAAGAAGAGGACAUUUGUCUUGCGAAAGGAAGGACUUCCAGAUGCUGUUGUAUGGAAUCCAUGGGAUAGAAAGGCGAAGGCUAUGCCAGACUUUGGAGAUGACGAGUACAAACACAUGUUGUGUGUAGAGGCAGCAGCUGUAGAAAAGUGCAUCACUCUGAAGCCUGGAGAGGAAUGGAAAGGCCGACAGGAACUAUCUGCUGUUCCAUCAAGCUACUGCAGUGGGCAACUGGAUCCACAAAAGGUCCUCCAAGGAUGAGGAAUUCAACUAUCCUACGAAUAUUGUAUAGGUGUCUGUGGAAGCAUUCUCUUGUUGCUGGACUUUGUUUCCUUCUUAAGCUUUUUGUCUUUGUGAAUGAGAAAAAAGUCGUAUCUACCUUUGACUGGCAGUAAUUGAUUUUGUGUGCUGCAAGUGAAUCCCAGGAGUAGCUUCCCCCUUUUGUGAAAGAUCGCAAUCAACAUUAUCAACUUCAAUGAAAUAAAAACACCGGUUUUGAGAA